AUGCCGGACAUCCUCCUUAAAGCUGCGGCUUCUGGGGCAGAGAUUGCCACCGUGAGCAUAGGGCCCCUGGAACCGGUGGCUCGCCUCCGCCGCGCAGCUGUAGCAGCCGGCUAUGGUGGCCCGCCCGAGUUGCGCUGCGGCCUGCGCCUGAUGUUUGGCGCCCGGGUUCUGCGCGAUAGCGAGACGCUGGAAGCUUUGGGCCUGGGUGACGGUGGGGCUGUGGACGUCGUGAGGAUGCCAGCCCUCGAGUUCUGGCGUGAGAGCAAGAUAGUGUGGAGCUCCGUGAAGCUGCCUUUGGGGGGACCCCUGUGUGAGGGCGCCGUUGUAGAGCAGGUGGGUCGCGACCGCCUCUUGGCAUUUCCCACACGGCCAGCCUGGCGGCGGUACGACGACAAUAACAGCCUUGAAGCGUCUCCCUUGGAGGAUUUUAUCGGCAAGUACGAGAUCAACCGUUUCGAGCGUUCGGACAUCUGGUUGAUCGGGGCCAAUGAGCCCUUCGCAAUGGAGGGGUCUACGGAGACCAGCAGCGGCUACAUCAGCGUAAGGCGCAUCCCUUUGCCCUUGCCAGAGGGUCAGGCUAUCCAUGCAUUCCACUUCGAAGAUGGGCUUGCCACUGUGCUGAUGGCUACGGGGCUUGCGGGUGAAGCCAUGGAGGGCUUGAAAGAGGGGAUGCUGCAGAAGUUCCGACUCUGCCGUGUUGAGGAGGAGGAUCUCCGCUCGGCACAUUUCCAGCCAGAAGGUGCUCCCGUUCCCUUCAAGUUCAAGUUCCCAGCUGUAGCCGAUGGGCGCGAUCCUCGCGUGGGCGGCUACGUGGCAGCUAUGCGUAACUUUGACUGGCAGGAGGGUGACCAGUCCGACGGCCGAACAGGUAAAGGGCGGGGGAGGGGCUCACAUGUUCGAUCUGGCCACGAUGGCCUCGAUCGCUGUGGCCAGCUGAUAGCCAGGCUGGGUGACCAAGAUCCAAACCAAGAUGUGCAACGGGCGUUCAACUUUGAAGUUUGUGAGCUGCAAGAAGGAAGGGAGCCUCAACGGCUGGCUGCAUGGGUGGCCAAAGGCCACAUCAACCACUCCUGCCAGUCUUUAGGGGAUCGACUUCUGCUCUUCUCAGGAGAGCAUGCCGGUGAGGAUGCCUUCUACCAAUGUAUCCAACUGAUCGAUUGGCAGACACAAGAGAAGAUCCGAGAGAUUCCUUUGGAGUAUGAGCCAGGCUACAUCGAAUGCGAGUGGCCGCGUGGGAUCCUGUCAGGGAGCACGCAGACCUUCUUUACCUGCCAUAUGACACACAGUUACAAUGAAACAGUCUUCCAUUUCGCAACCCCGGAGAUGUGA